AGUGCAAACCUUCUGAAGUACAGCAUGUCCUUACCCAGAAGCAGGGCAUCCUUUGCGGAACAUGAACCCUCAACUUCUACUGAGGAAAGGUCAGUGCCCAUAAGCCAUAGAUUUAGUAUUAGCAGAGGAGGAAGCCUCUUAAGACCAUCUGCUGCUUACAUAGGUAUUGUACCUAUGGAAAGUGUAAGCAGCCUGGGCACACGGAUAUCCCGCAGAGCCCUGGGGAUAAGCAGUGUCUUCUUACAAGGUCUUCAUAGUUCUUGUACAACCAUACCACUAUCCCAAGGAAUGGAAAAAGAACGAAGCCUAUCUUAUGAGAAUAUGAACAGAUGCUUGGUGGAUUACAUUGAAAAGGUGAAAACUUUGGAGCAAGUCAACCAGGAACUUGAAGGACAUAUCCGUGCUUACCUGAACAAGAAAUCUUCCAGCGACGGUAAAUGGGGAUCUCUGAGGGAGAGCUGGGCAACCAUUUACCAUCAAGUAGGGGAUGCAGUUCUGGAAAAUGCCCGCCUCAUGUUACAAACAGAAAGUAUUCAAGCAUGUGCUGAAGAUGUUAAAGACAGGUAUGAAAAUGAGCAACCAUUUCGAAAGGCAGUGGAAGAUGAAAUUAACUCUCUGUAUAAAGUAAUUGAUCAUGCUAAUUUGACUAAAGUAGACCUGGAGAGUCAGAUAGAAAACAAGAAGAAAGAACUAGCUUUACUGUCAAAGAAUCAUGAAGAGGAUAUCAAAAUGCUUUACAAACAGCUUGCUUUAUCACCACUGGAAGAAUUAGAAGCCUCCACUGGAAUUAGCCUGGAUGACAUUUUGAAGAAAAUCCAGAUACAAUGGGAGAAAAAUAUCGAACAAAACCAUGCUGAGACUGGUAUCUUGCUCCAUGCUAGGCAAUCCACAGAAACAGUGCCUGCUGUACAAACACAAGAUGCAGAGUUAGCUGAAUCCCUAAGGGCAGAGUUUCAUGAAACAGCUUGCAAAAUUCAAAGCCUGCAAGUAGAGACCGAAUCACUGAAAACACUGAAGAGAGGCUUAGAAAACUCUCUUUAUGAUGCCAAGCACUGGCAUGACAUAGAGCUUCAGAAUUUAGGCUCUGUCAUUGCCAAACUGGAAGCAGAAGUAAGAGAAAUCCAAGGAGAAACUGAGCAACAGCAAAGAAAUCAUGAAACUCUAUUGUCCAUUAAAACACAACUCGAAUCAGACAUUGCUGCAUAUCACUGCCUUCUAGAGAAGGAAAGCAGAUUGCAAACAUUGUCAGCUAAUGGUUCAGUUUGUUCAAAGUCAAGCCUACAGUACAGUAGUACUUUAUCAGAGCAAAAAAUAGAGGCAGCUGCCAAACUAUCAAACUACAAUACCAAUCAAUCCUGA